GUCAGUAACGUCAGGAAUCAGUGUUGUUUACGGUUGGAAAUUCGGGAUUUCGGGAUUUGCAAGGUUCGGAAGUGUACCCAAGGGUUCUCUCCUAAGAAGCCAUUACUGCAGCAGAAUAUGGGGAAAACAACGCGUGUUGUUGUAUGUGGACUAAAAGGUGUGGGGAAGACAGCAAUAUUGGAGCAACUUAUAUAUGGAAAUGUUACCAAGACUACGGAGUUACACUCAACAAUAGAAGAUAUUUAUGUUGCAAGCGUUGAAACGGAUAGAGGGACAAGAGAAAAGAUGCGUUUUUAUGACACGGCAGGCCUGGACGGUGGAAGAGAGCAGAAUCAGUUGGCCCGUCAGUAUCUUGGGUUGACUGAUGGGUAUGUGCUGGUAUACGAUCCUGAUCGAUCUGAAUCACUAGACGCACUUGUGAUGGUGAAGAAAGAUAUUGACCGUAACAGGGACAAGAAGGAGGUCACCGUGAUUGUACUUGGGAAUCGAAUGAAGCCUACAGAUUCGGGAAGCAUAGAAAACACAACAAGUAAAGCCAUGCACUGGGCUACUAGAGAAAAGAUUCGACACUAUGAAGUGAAUGCAAUGGAUCGAACAACUCUGUAUGAACCAUUUGUUCACUUGGCCUCCAAACUGAACCCACCUCCAAAUAAAAGCACCUUUGCACAGCUCAGCAUGGUGAGGAAAUCUGUUGGCAGACCUGACACCAGUUAAAGGGCUGACUCCAUAAAUACCUCGUAAUCAAAAUUAUUGAUGUUCAUUAAUGUGGAUUUUGACAUAAUAGACCAACUAAGAUGUUCUGUACGAAUAGAAUGCCGGAAGAAAUUGGGGUACACCGGGACUUCAGGUAUUUGUGGACUUUUAAGUUUGUGUCUGAUUUAGGAGAGAAAUACUGUACAACAUUUCUAAAGCAGAGUUUUGCAGCAGCUAUACACGUAAAGCAUCUCCUUUUUAAAUCACCAGGUGUCAUUUGAACACACUUAAUUAGCUCAACUGAGAGUAUACCAAAGUGUGUUCGAAUGAAAUCUGUUGUGAUCUUAAAAAGGAAAUGCUUUAUAGCUGCUGCGAAACUGUGCUUUAGAACACAUUAUUAGGAAUGCCAAGAAGAUGGAGAAAUUGGAAUUGAAUGUGACAUGCAAGCUGAAGACUGGAACAGUGGAAUGAAUAAACCCAGUCUCUGCUAGGCAAUGUUGCUGUAAACAUGUGUCCGUGGCAGUAAGUUGGACAUCAGGGUUCACAGUUAGCUGUCAGUGAGUUGCAUUGUUAUAAGCCGCUACCUAGUAACGUCUAGUGAAGAGACAGAAGACUUUAUAUGUGCCGUAGUUGUAGUGAUCUGUAAAGUGUGUGAAUCUAUGGAACUGUUAUAAUUAUUUGUUUAUAAGGGUUCAUUAAAUCCUGUAAUCAAUCUAAACCCUGUAUCUAGUCACUAACAUCUGACAGUGUGUUUUUAGGUAAUUUUACAUGAUUUACUGCACAAGUGACUUCAUGUUUCUGCUUUAAAUUUGUCUAUAAAUAAUACUGUUCUGCACUUAGAAAUUAUCGAAUAUUAUCCCCUUUAAAAUAGUCCCCCUGCAUGGCAAUGAACCUCUCCCACCACCUUUACACCUUUAGAAGCACUGUUCAAAGUAUGUUCUUUGUCGCAUUAGUGACGAUGUAUUCCACUGGGUGAAAUCUUCUUCCUUUAUGGGUAAUUUUUAGUUUAGGAUAUAGAAAGAAGUUGGGAGGGGGAGAGCACAGCUGAAUUGGGCGUUGUGGAAGGGUAGGAAUUGAAUAUUUUUCCAGAAAUUGUCUAAUUGACAGAGUUGUAUGAGCAGACGCAUUAUCGUGAUAGAGGAGCCAGCUUCCUUCAGUCCACAUUUUAGGUCACUUUCUUCAUACUGCAUCCCACAUACAUCUCAGAACUGCCAAAUAAAAUUCUUGAUUAAUUGUCUGAACUUUAGGAAUGAAUUCAUAAUGCACAAUUACUCGAUGAUUGAAAAAAAAAAAAAACAAGCAGUGUUCCUUCCACUUGUGAGUGCACCUGUAGUGCUUUCUUGGGGCAAAGCGAAGCAGUACUCUUGAAGUGUGAGGAUUGUUGUUUAGUUUCAACAUCAUAAGCGUAAACCCAUGUCUCAUCACUGGUAAUGACAUGUUUCAAAAGAUUUUUGUCAUGAUCUACUCUUUGGGAGAGGUCUCAGCUAAGAGUCAUGGCAAAAAUUUUCCUGAGACCCAAUGCAAUCCUAAAUGUUCUGUUAAAAUUGUGUGGCAUGAAGCCGUGGAUAUUCCAGCCUCUUCUGAAACUUCUCUGACAGUCAGUCGAUUUCUGCAGAUAAUGUUUUUCAUCUGGGCAAUUUAGAGGUUCAAAUCUUAAAGUUUGUCAGCCAUGCAGCUCAUCAUCUGUUGAAUUUCUUCCAGUUCUAAAACAUUUGAACCAUUCAUAGGUCAUUUGACUUGGGGCAUCAUCAUUGUAAGCUUCACUCAACAUGUGGGUUUCCGCAGAUGUUUUCCCUACUUUGAAACAAAAUGUAAUACAAAUUCUUUGCUCCCUUACAGACCCAUAAUUAAUGUGGCAAUAGAACAAUACUUUUGAUCACAAAACCACUUAUAAAACCUAAACAGAAUGUCUGAUCUAUUUGAAACAAAAGCUUGCAUAAUUAACAGUCAAGUUGCAAGUUCACUCAAACAAUACCUAACAUGACUGCUGCCCUGCGCCCUCAUUUCAGGAACUUUCUGAACAAACCACCUAUAAGAAUUGGAAUUAGUUACAUCUGUAACACUGUGCCCAUAGGACAUAGCAUUUAUAUGUAGUUAUAAAUCUCAUGCAGAUCACAAUUACAGGUGCUUAUCUUACUACUCUGAUUUGUCAGAAAAUAGAAAGCAGCACUUAAUCAACCUGGUUGUUUUAGUGGUACUGCUGUGGACUUAUGUUUGAGAGUUGUGUAGUUUGAAUUUUUAUUGGGACACCAACUUUCUUUGCUGAGAUUUUUUUUUUUACUUCCUCAGUCUCUACAGGUAAAUGCCAUAGUUGACUGUUUAGGCCAUGACUACUUCCUUCCUAGUUUUCCAUUCAUCAUUGAUCAGUUGAUGAUUUGACACUAUAUAGUGUAGAUAUUGACAGCAUUGUAAAACAACCCACAAGAAAAACAGCAGUGUUAAUAGGUAUGGUAUAUAUCUCAUUGUGAGAUAUUUACCUUUGAUAAAUGGAUGAUAACAAAUCUAUAUAAGAAAAAGUAAAGGUAUCCCUGUAACAGCUCAUGGAGACCCAUAGGGUUGUGAGGUAUCACGGCUCCCACAUU